AUGAAAGACUCCCUCAGUGGACCUAAAGCGCACAACCUAAAGAGCCGGACACCCGAACCUACUAACUGCGAUAUCGACGUAAACUAUAAUUUCACUAAAAUCACUGGUAUUGGAAUUAAGAGUUUCUCAGCCUCUUUACUAACUCCGUCGGAUCCUAUUCGUCAGGCUAAACGGCUCCCUAUCCGAAUUCUCAAGAUGUUGACCGCUCAUUCUGGACACUUGCUACACUCGGAGUAUCUCCAGCCCCUCGCCUCAGCCUCAGUAAGCAUUGAGCUGGAUGCCAAGAAGAGUCCCUUAGCUCUUCUAGCACAGACCUGUUCUCAAAUUGGCAAGCCAGACCCACCUCCCUCUUCCAAACUUGCCUCCAUCCCCAACAGUGGCAUCAGUGACAAAGAGCCCAUGUCCCGAACCUCCUCUUCUGGCCUGAAACUUGGAGAGCACCGGCAUACCCUGGAGGAUAAGUCCAGUUUCAAACCCUACUCCAAACUGGGCACUGACAGCCGGAGGGAGGGUGUUAACAACAGCAGCAGCAAGACAGAGUUUCGGGUUCCUAUUGGUGCAGGAAGUGGAAAUAGUGGCACAUCAGGCUGUCAGCCUUUCCCUCCCCACACCAUCUCCCCAACCUCCAGAGCAGCCUCUCCACCACAAACACAAUCACAGUCACAGGCUCACAGGCAACCAUUAUCACCUGGUGGACAGCAGACAGGACUCUCACAAACUGUAAACGGGGAUAACAAACCUACAGAUCAGGCCAACUCAGGCUGUAACAGCUCUCUGAAGAAGGAGGUAGAGUCAAAUAAGGCUGCUUUGGACAGUCCACAGAUCGCCAACUCAAGUCAUGCCAGAGCAAAUGCCAAUUCUAGCAAUGGCAGCUCGGACUGUAGCCCCGGUCAUGAGACCAAAGCAGAAUCUCAACCCUCUCAGACUAGUCUGGCACCUGGACACAUUGCACCCAUUUCUCCUUUCAAAUCUAGCCACCCUGUCUUCCCCCUCUCUUCCUCCAGUAUGGGCUACCAUGGUUCCAUAGUGGGCACCUAUGCAGGUUAUCCAAGUCAGUUUGUUCCAGGGUUGGACCCUACUAAGUCCAGCCUGGGAGGAGCAGGCAUUGGUGUCACAGGGAAACACCCCAGCUCUAGUCCACUCACAGGAGCAUCUCCCCCUUCUUUCAUGCAAGGGUUGUGCCGCGAUCCUUAUUGUUUAAGCUACCCCAGUGCACCCCACUUGGGAGGCAGCAACUGUAGCACCUGUGUGCAUGACCCCUCCGCCACACUUAAAUCAAGCUUCCCACUGGUGUACCCUACCCAUCCUCUUCACUCACUCCAUCCUAACUCCCUGUCAUCCAGUGUUACAUCUUCCCUGUCCCACCCCCUAUAUACCUAUGGCUUCAUGUUACCCAAUGAGCCCCUGCCACACGCAUGCAACUGGGUGUCAGCCGGCGGCCCUUGUGAUAAACGCUUCGCAACAUCUGAGGAGCUCCUAACCCACCUUCGCACACACACGUCACUCCCAGGCGUGGACAGCAAGCUCCUGUCAGCAUACCCCUCAUCUUCUUCAUCUGCCACCGCUGCCUCCUGCCAUCUUCACAUACCCCCCCAGAGCAGCCCAGCGUCACUGCCCAGUUCCUUCUCCCUGAGGGCAGCACCUAGUCUGGGGCUGGCACGCUACCAUCCUUACAGCAAAGUGCACCUACCUACCACCCCAUCCCUUCCCAUGCACUCCCUCCCCACGUCAGCUCCAUACUACUCCCACUACGCCCUCUACAGUCAGAGAUUGGGAUCAGCAUCUGCGCUUGGCUACCAGUGA